AUGCCAAGUCUGGGUAACGACGCCCUAACUCAAGGCGCUCGCGUUAAGGUCGAGGAGCUUCCGAAGAAGGCAGAAAGCUCGAACCCGAGGCAAGCUACCAGGCACAAUGCCGCCAAAUAUACUCAGCCUUUCUGUGAGUUCUUGACGAAAAACCCUACGGUUUUUCAUGCUGUUCAGGCCAUCAAGGAUGAACUCGAGGAAGCUGGCUUUACCGCCAUGUCUGAGCGUAAUGAGUGGAAGUUGGAGGCUGGCAAGAGCUACUAUGUCAGCCGCAACGGCUCCGCGCUCAUUGCAUUCACGGUUGGAGGCCAGUACAAGUCGGGCAAUGGUGCUGCCAUCUUGGCAGGGCAUGUUGAUGCGCUCACAGCUAAGCUUAAGCCCGUAUCGCAGGUGCCGAACAAGGCGGGCUACGUCCAACUUGGUGUUGCACAAUACGCUGGCGCGCCAAACACAACCUGGUGGGAUCGUGACCUCGGCAUCGGCGGACGUGUGUUGAUUAAGGAAGGAGACAAGAUCGUUACGAAGCUUGUGAAGCUCGACUGGCCGAUUGCUCGCAUUCCAACGCUGGCGCCUCAUUUCGGUGCGGCUGCGAAUGGUCCGUUCAACCCUGAAACGCAGAUGGUACCCAUUAUCGGGCUGGAGGACACAUCAAGCUCAGCCACGCCGAUUCAGACCGCCGAGCCCUUCAGCAAUCCAUCUCUGAUCGGCCAAGGCUCCAACUACGGCGCCAGCUUUGUCUCCACCCAGCCUCCGAGACUUGUGAAGGCGAUUGGAAACGCCCUCGGUCUCCGCAUGGACACUUACAGCUCGAUCGUGAAUUGGGAGCUUGAGCUCUUCGAUACCCAACCUGCGACCGUCGGAGGCCUGGACAAGGAGUUCAUCUUCGCCGGCCGUAUCGACGACAAGCUUUGCUCCUGGGCAGCCGUUCAGGCGCUCAUCGAAAGCCAGGAUCAAAGUAAGGACAGUUCGAUCAUCAAAGUCGCUGCCCUGUUCGACGAUGAAGAGAUCGGCUCUCUACUCCGCCAAGGCGCACGCGGCAACUUCCUGCCGCAGACCCUCGAGCGCGCCGUGUGCUCCCUCGCAGGCAGCGCGCCCGGCCCCGACCUCAUGGGCCGCGUGUACGCAAACAGCUUCCUCGUCUCCUCCGACGUCACGCACGCCGUCAACCCGAACUUCCUCAACGUCUACCUCGAGAACCACGCCCCACAUCUCAACACCGGCCUAGUCGUUUCGGCGGACAGCAACGGCCAUAUGACAACUGACGCCGUCUCCACUGCUGUGCUGACUCGCUGCGCAGAUACAGUUGGCGCGAAGCUGCAGGUCUUCCAGAUUCGGAAUGACAGUCGCAGUGGCGGUACUGUCGGACCGAUGUUGUCGAGCAUGACUGGUAUCAGAGCGAUCGAUGCGGGUAUCCCGCAGCUUUCGAUGCACAGCAUACGUGCCACGACUGGCAGUCUUGACCCUGGUUUGGGUGUCAUCUGCUUCAUGGGCUUCCUCAAUGCGUUUGAGAAGGUGGACAUGGAGUUCCGGCAUUAG